ACUGCAGAGAGCUCAGUAACAAAACGAACUAGUUUCUGUCUGCAGAUGGUUUUGCGCAUCUCAAUUCAUCAACCAGUUUUAACUUCCAAGGUCCAGACGCUAUCCAGAUCAGCUGUAACAGGGUCAAGACAAAAACUUGUGACACCCAACACAACGUUCGAAAGACUUGUAAGCUCUUGGCCGCAUACUCGUAUUCAGGAGAACUUUGCAAUGGAUGAGCAAGGUGCCAGAAGCCAAAGUGACUUCACUGAGCAAGACCCACCAAAUAGUGACUCUGCUGUCAUAGUACUGAAUCAUCCUGAAAACGGCUCUGAAGUCAGCAGGGAUCACCAAGAAGUAAAAUCUUACUUACACAUGGAAAACUCAACCUCUUUGGAUGAAGGCUAUUUGAGCCAAAGGAAAAGAAUUCUAUUGUCUUCUCACAAACAAAUCCUGGCGAAGGUCAUUCAGCAGAGAUUGGUAUCAAAGAACCUAUGUCAAAUGCUCAAUCAAAGUACGCCAACUACCAUUCCUGAUGGUGAGCAACCCCUGAAUGAUACAGAUACUAGUCCUCUGAUUGUGUCUGUAAGACCAAUAUCACAAACUGUUUCUGGAAGCAUGAAGUUGUCGUACACUAUAAAAGAUGGUGAGCUUCCAACAGCUCUUCAGGAGGCCAGGCAACGUGUUGAAUGUGUUGAACAAACAACGAUACCACAGGUCCUUCAACAUGACCCCAGUGUUCCUGCUGAAGAUGCUCUUCAGGAGGCCAGGCAACGUGUUGAAUGUGUUGAACAAACGUUACCAGAGGUCCUUCAACAUGACCCCAGUGUCCCUGCUGAAGCUGCUCUUCACGAGGCCAGGCAACGUGUUGAAUUUGUUGAACAAAUAACGAUACCAGAGGUCCUUCAACAUGACCCCAGUGUUCCUGCCGAAGCUGUUCUUCAGGGGGCUGAAUGUCUUGACCUGAUGAAGAUACCAGAGAGUUUUCAAGAUGACCCCAAUUUUCCUAGUGGAACAUUUGAGGAAAUCCAUGACAACAGCAGUUCAAGUCAAGAGAAUCUGGAGUGGGUCAGAUCUCUUGGAUCUGAACAAGCCAUAAUGUUCUUAUAUUCUAGUCCCAAUGUUAGCAGUAUCAUCCAGAAUACAUACGACGAUGAAAUAAUUGUGGAUCAAUAUCUGCAACCGGUUAAGAAAAGAAAGGUGAGCAAGUGACUACAGCUGAAUAGCCCAUUGAAAUAAAAUGGAAUAAUCAAAACGCUGAGAGAAAACCUGACUGCCACCCUGCAGCAGAUUCAGGGUAGGCAGGACAAUUCCAAGAAGGAAUGAGGCUGGGAAACGAAUACCAAGGAAUGAAUCUUAAAAUUGGUGAUGGAUUCUGAAAAUGAUGUUUGUGCUUCUUCUCCUGUGUGUGUUCCAGCAUGUCCGGGGGCAGUCGGGUAGCCUUGUGGUUAAAGGGUUCGCUCGUCACGCCAAAGACCCGGGUUCGAUUUCCGAUAUGGGUACAAUGUGUGAAGCCCAUUUCUGGUGUCCCCCGCCGUGAUAUUGCUGGAAUAUUGCUAAAAGCGGCGUAAAAAAGCACUCACUCACUCACUCACUCCAGCAUGUCCAUUUAUAUACACAUGGGAAGAAUGUGUGGAGAUACAACUGCCAUGAAAUGUGUAAAACAGGUGGAGCUGAGAAGAUCUCCAUGAGGGUUGAGUUACUGGAUAAGGAUAAGUGGUGUGGAAGGCCUCUAGAGACCUCAAUAGAAGGUAUUUGAGAUCUCAAGAGACCACUAUUGGAAGAGGGAAGUGAAAAGCUCCAGUGACCUGUGUGGAGGAAAACUUUAAAGAUCUCCAGUGACCUUAUUGGAGGAACACGUUUAAGAUCUCCAGUGACCUGUGUGGAGGAAAGCUUUUAAGAUCUCCAGAGACGAUCCUGUGUGGAGGAAAACUUUAAAGAUCUCCAGUGGUUAUGGAAGAAAAGUGUUGAAGAUCUUUUAAGGUUUUGAUAUCUGCAGUGACCUAUUAUGGAAGGAAGGGUGUGAAGACAUCUAGUGAUCUAUGUGACCUCAAUGGAAUGAUAGGACCUUCCCAAAGAAGAUGAGGAGAAAGGUUAGGAAAAAGAAGGAACUCAUUUAUCUCCAAACGAGGAAUGUACAUUAAAGACAGGAUUUGGUUGGUUGGUUUGUUGUUUAACGCUGAACUCAGCAAUAUUCCAGAUAUAUGACGCCGGUCUGUAAAUAAUCGAGUUUGGACCAGACAAUUCAGUGAAUAAUAUGAGCA